AUAGAGGAAAUAGCAGGAAAAUAAGGCUGGGGAAGUGGGGAGAGAUUUGAGAAGCUGGAUGAGCUGUUGGCUGUGUUGUUGUGAGGAGCCAAGUUCCUUAAGCAUCUCCUGGUGGAUAUUAAGAGGGAGCUGCGGCGGCUGGAGCGUUCCCCCGGACACUCGCACGCUGUAGCUUUAAGACUGUUUUACAGAGGACUCGGGAUUUCCAGUUUUCCUGCGCCUGCUGGAGUAUUCCAGGGAGCUACAGGAUUUUUCGGGUCAUGUACCCCCUUUUCCUUUCUUCUUCCUCCUUUCUCUUUCUCCCUUACUCUUCUGUUUCAUUUCAAAGAGACAAAGCUACUUCAGUCUGGAGCACAAACAUAUGAUCAGCACAUGGAAAUGUGGUAAUUUGGAUGCAUUCAUGAUUGCAACAGAUUGAAGAAAUUAGACCAGACAAAGAGCUUUUUUUGGAAGAGGAGGAGGAGGAGGCAAGGCAAGGAGGGAGGGAGAGUGGGGGAAAGAAGGGGACGCCACCGAAAAAAGGGACGGCCGUGACACGCGGAUGCUAAAUAUAUCCAGUAGUAAUGGAGAGGGACCGGAUUUCAGCUCUGAAAAGAUCCUUUGAGGUCGAGGAGGUAGAUCAGUCUUCAAAUUCCUCCACGCCACAAAGACGGGCCCCCAACACCCUCCUCAGGUCCACCGUGUCCAGCUCCACGCAGAAGUUUCAGGAACUCGGCGCCAGGAACUCGGAGCCCUCCACCCGCCAUGCGGAGCCCACAGUGCAAAGAUCCCCCAAGCCCCCUCUGAGGAGAGUGGAGCUCUCUGGACCCAAACUGCCUGAGCCGGUGUCCAGAAGAACAGAAAUCUCCAUCGACAUCUCCUCCAAGCAGGUGGAGAACUCCACCUCGGGCCUGUCGCGGUUCGGCCUCAAACGAGCCGAUGUGGGCCACAAGCCGCCCGAGGGCCCGGCCAGGAGGACUGAGAUCACCCUGGGCAAGCCCCAGGAGCUGCGGCGGGCGGAGGCGCCGGCCUCCAAGAUCCCCGAGCCGCCCUCCAAGAUCCCCGAGGCGCCGCAGCGCCGCGCCGAGCCGGGCCCCGUGCCGGACACCGCGCCGCGCCGCCCGGACAGCCAGGGCGGAAAGGGCACCGAGAGCCCGGCCGUGAGGGCGGCCGAGGGCUCAGAGCCCGCCAUGCCCACCCUGCCACAGCUGGCAGAGACAAAGGCACACGGGCUGCCCACCGAGAGCCCGCCGAAGAGAGAGGAAGGUGCAGAGGCCGUUCCCAGCCCCGCUCCCGCCAUGACGGACGCUGCGCGCGAUGCCGGCCCCAAGCAGGCGGCGCCGGCGCGGCCGGACAAGCCGGCUGCCGACUUCGGCUACGUGGGCAUCGACGCCAUCCUGGAGCAGCUGAGGAGGAAAGCCAUGAAACAGGGCUUCGAGUUCAACAUCAUGGUCGUGGGUCAGAGUGGCUUGGGGAAAUCCACGUUAAUCAACACUCUCUUCAAAUCCAAGAUCAGCCGGAAAUCUGUACAGCCAACUGCUGAGGAGAGGAUCCCCAAGACCAUUGAAAUCAAAUCCAUCACUCAUGAGAUUGAGGAGAAGGGAGUGCGCAUGAAGCUGACGGUCAUCGACACGCCGGGCUUUGGGGACCACAUCAACAACGAGAACUGCUGGCAGCCCAUCAUGAAGUUCAUCAAUGACCAGUAUGAGAAGUACCUGCAGGAGGAGAUCAACAUCAACAGGAAGAAGCAGAUCCCUGACACGAGGGUGCACUGCUGUAUUUAUUUCAUCCCAGCCACGGGCCACUCGCUGCGGCCGUUGGACAUCGAGUUCAUGAAGCGCCUGAGCAAAGUGGUCAACAUCGUGCCGGUGAUCGCCAAAGCCGACACGCUAACGCUGGAGGAGAGGGACUACUUCAAACAGCGGAUAAUGGCUGAUCUCCUGGCCAAUGGCAUCGAUGUGUACCCCCAGAAGGAGUUUGAUGAGGACUCUGAAGAUCGGCUGGUGAACGAGAAAUUCCGGGAAAUGAUCCCAUUUGCAGUGGUGGGCAGUGACCAGGAGUACCAGGUGAAUGGAAGAAGAAUCCUUGGGAGGAAGACCAAGUGGGGCACUAUUGAAGUGGAGAACACAACACACUGUGAGUUCGCCUACCUGCGGGACCUCCUCAUCAGGACACACAUGCAGAACAUCAAGGAUAUUACCAGCAACAUCCACUUUGAAGCCUACAGGGUGAAGAGGCUGAACGAGGGCCAGAGCUCUCUGUCCAACGGCGUGGCUGACAAGGAGCUGGUGGCCAACGAAAUGUAACCGUCCCUCGCCGCAGCCAGGACCUCGCUCGCUCACGCUCGCUCUUUCUCCCCUCUCCCCCCUUUAUUUUUAUAUAAAUCCUCUGCCACUGUCCCUCUUGCCCUGCUCCCUGACCCCCUGCCAUGUAAACUGACCAAAUAACCAGACGUGGAGCGGGGUGGCCGCUCUCCCCCUGCUUUGUGCCAUGAGUUUUGUGCUCAGCCCCCGGAGCGGCGUCCCUGGCCCGGGGUCCGUCCCUCUGUGCAGGCUGGGAUCUCACUUGCCCCCAGCUGUGGCCCCACAGCCACACCAGGGGAGCAGAUCUGUGGGGCCAGCAGGGCUGGGGUGCCCUGGGAGCCUUUGCAGCCCCUCCUCUCCGUCCAUGGAAGGCGAGGGCUCCUCCAGGUGGAUGGAGCCUUCAGGGCGAGGUACGGUGGGAUGAAGAGAGCAAGCCAGUGCCAUCCUUGUCUCCUACAGCCCUCUGGGAGCCACCAGCCCCCAAACCAGCCCCUGUACCCUGUCUACAUGCAAUAAACUGGGAGUGUUGAGGUGUCACCUCGCCUGUCACCGACCCCUGGCCAGGCAGAGCGCCCUGCUUUGGGAGAAGUGCCUUUUAGACUGUGACCUUGCAAUAGCGUGGGAGAGGGGAGGGAGGCUCUGCCUUGUCUGUCUCUGCAGCCUGCACAAGGCUGUGAACCUCCACAGAGACUCUCAUUCCCUCUCCCUCGGGCCAGAGCUGUGGCUGAUGUCCUGGGAACACUUGUGUAUUUAUUUGUCACUCAGUUGGGUGGGUCUUUGUCCUCUGAAGGCUCUGAGUGUGUUUGUCCUGAGGGGGCUGAGUGUGGAACUUUGUCUCUGCAAAGCAGUGCUGGGAGGCAGAGGGUUGUCCUGUCUGACCCUUGUGAUUCUUGGGCUUUUCCCUACAUCAGAGGAGGCUCUUGGGUAGCUGUAAAUUCCUUUUCAUUUCCUGGGUCCCCUGUGUGUCCAGGGAAGAUGCUCCUGUUGUGCUCGUCCUUGUGCAGGGGGUCUGUGCAUGUGCUGACCGAGCCCUGCAGCUGUGGGGGGAGCUGGGGGGUGUUUGUGGGUGCUGCUCCCCCAGCUCUGCCCCCAGACCCUUCUCUUUCUCUGUAAAUCAGACCCUGCAAGCAUUAGGUAGCACUGUGACACAGGAGCAGGGGUUCCUGGAGCAAAGCUCUGCAGUCCUGCCCCUCUCCCCAGCUCCCCUUUGCCUUUCUGGUGUCCACCAGUCUCCCAAUCCUCUCUAAGGGAAAAAAACUUCCUGCAAAUCACCCAUUUUGGGGACACACACUGAAGUGGCAGCGUGUCCAUGCUCUAGCACUGGAAGGCACCUGCAGAGCCCACGGGGGACAGAGCCUGGCUCAGCACAGGAGGAGGGAGGAGGUUGCUCUCCCCUUGCUGGGGCUCCCCAGCUUUUCAGGGGCUCCCCACACACCCCCCCAGCAGCCAAAGUGGGGUGAAUUGUGAGAAUCCCUUCUCCCCUUCACUCACAUCCCCCCUCCACAGCAGCCCCACGGAGCUGUUGGGGAACAACAACUCUCUACUUGCUGACUUGCUAUAUUUUAGCAAAAAACAACAACAAAUGUAUUAACUGAAAAAAAAUAUAUAUAUUUCAAGUGUUAAAAAAAGACUGAAAGGGGAGAAAAAAACCUCUUGUGUGAGGCACUCCUGUAAAUGCCAUCUUAAACUUUUUUUCCCUCUAGUUGGUAUCUCAAGCUGGGCCAAGCAAGACACGCCGCUUUCUCCUUUGUAUCCUGACUUUUUUUUUUUUUUUGAAGGAAAAAAAAGAAAAUAAUACAAUAAAAAGCCCUUCAUCCAGAUCUAUUAAAAAUGGCCUUUUGGGGGUUAUAAGCAUUAUGAAAAUUUAGUCCAUUUUUGUAUAAAUAAUAGUGUUUAAUAUGUAUUUCCCAAAAUAAAUGUUUCGAAUGCAAAUAGAA